CGUUUUUGCAUUAACUGGGUCAGUGUGGGAAAAUAAAAGCAAAUGCAUACUGCAAAAAAAGUGGCUCAAAAAUGAUUUUACUGGCCACUUUGAAUGUACAUUUGUUGCUUUGGUGGGCUGGAGCUUUGGUGGUGGGAUUUUGUCACCAAGAGAUGAUGAGUGGGUGAGUGAACAUCCUGUGGCAUUUAGUGUCUGGGGAUGAGAACAAUUGUCAUCAUUAUCAUACACUUGAAGUCCACACUGUCUGUAAGAUGCAGAAAUGUCUUAGAAGGCCUUGAUCUGCAGCAUGACAGCAAAUUAAUUUUUGAAAACCAGAAUGAAACAAAACUUGGUCCUACUUUACACCUGUGCCCAUGUUAUUUUUGAAAUUAUGGUGAGUUCAGGUAAAUUGGCCCCCCUUUUGACACUCAUUAAUGUCAGAAAUAUUUACCAAUCUACCUAAAUAUUACCCAUAAGUGUGCCUCAAAUAAUGCAGAUGAAUUAUGUACUACUUCUUUCAUUUUUGGCGAUUCGCAUUCUUCCUGCAUAUCGCCACCUACUGGGCAGGGAGGAGAAUUAAUAGUAAAAAAAGGACUUAAAUAUUGAUCUGUUUCUCCCCUACACUUAUCAUAUCUCUUCUGAAGACAUGGAUUUAACCACUGGAGUCAUAUGAAUUACUUUUAUGCUGAUUUUAUGUGAUUUUUGGAGCUUCAAAGGUCUGGCCACCAUUCACUUGCAUUGUAUGGACCAGCAUAGCUUAAAUAUUCUUCUAAAAAUCUUCAUUUGUGUUCAGCAAAGGAAAGACAUACACAUCUGGGAUGGCAUAAGGGUGAGUAAAUAAUGAGAGACUUUUCAUUUUACGUGAACUGUCCCUUUAAUUGCACAGGCAAAUACUGAGUACUAAUAUGUAGUCAACUGAAUAUUUUAUGGAUAGUCAGUCAUUUCUGACAGGAAAUGUUUGAGAUGGCACAAUGCAAUGCAUUAGGGUGACUGUCGCGAAACCUGUCAAGAAAAUGUCCUGGUCAUAUUUAACCAACAUCAAUGUUGAUUCGUUUCACGUCUAGAAAAAAGCACCGAAUAACCGAUUCAUAUUCCUCAAUAUGUCAUGAAUGUUUGUAUUUCAUAUCCGUGUGACAGUUCAGGUCCCCCCGAUCAGCAGCAGCAUCAUCACCGCCCGCGUGCGCGCUUUCUCUCUCGGUAUUCCGUCCCACGCGCGCAGAGCCUCCCACACAAGGAUUUGCGUCAAGCCGGCGCGUGGGAGUAAGAUAGCAAUGCAGUUUACAUCGGAAUAUCCCAGCAGAAGAGCAGAGAGAGCGAUAGAGAGAGAGAGACAGCAGAGAUGAGCGCUCACCGGACUUUCUCUCCAGCGCGAGAGGAGCAGCGCAGUCCCGAGACAACGGCGAGCACUGGGAGUAGUCGCGCGCAGCAGCUUCGGAAGAGAGCCAUGUCACUACUGUUGCCACGUUCUUUGGGAGAACUGCAACUACACAGAAUCCUACAAAGGGCAAAUCUGCUUUGCUACUAUGAAGCCUUCAUCCAGCAGGGCGGCGAUGAUGUGCAACAACUCUGUGAGGCUGGAGAGGAAGAAUUCCUCGAGAUUAUGGCCCUCGUCGGAAUGGCAACCAAACCCCUCCAUGUACGACGACUACAGAAAGCUCUUCGCGAUUGGGUCACCAACCCUUCCCUCUUCAACCAACCAUUGACGUCACUCCCCGUUUGCAGUAUACCGGUUUACAAGCUUCCCGAAGGCUCACCGGGGGUUCACAAUAACGGGCAACAGAACCAGCUCAUGGUUCCCAGGGCGUUAUUACCCACAAGUCCCAGUCCAGGAAGACUGGAUCUAAGCAGGGAUGGGACGCCUGGGUGUUCGCCAUUACAGGGGGCUAAUGAGAGUCGUUUCUGGGGUAGCGAAAGCGAGCAUAGCUUAUCACCAUCAGGAGCCUGUUCUCCUUGUUCUUCUCAAGAUGCACUUGAUAUUCUCGAUUUGGCCGCUGUCCAGUGCGUAACAGAAUGUGUGGAGAGAAUCGCCCAAACAUUGCCCAAGAGUGACCCCACAGAAAUCAGAGAACAAGUCCGUGCCAAUAAGAAACUAAGCAAGAUGAUCGGGCACAUCUGCGAGAUGAACGAAGACGACCCGCAGAAGGAGGUGGAGAUUCGGAAGUACAGCGCCAUCUAUGGCCGGUUUGAUUCGAAGAGGAGAGACGGACGGCAGCUUACGAUGCACGAGCUAACAGUGAAUGAGGCUUCUGCUCAGCUGUGCAUGAAAGACUUAUCACUGCUGACCCGAAGAGAUGAACUUUUCUCAUUGGCCAGGCAAAUUUCACGCGAGGUCACCUACAAAUACACCCGCAGGAGCAGCAGGUCCCACUGCGGCGAUGAGGAUGAGCCAUCUCCCAAGAGAAUCAAAUCUGAAGAUGGUGUCUAUGAUCUACAGGAGGCCUUACACGUUCUUCAUACGCGGCAGGAAGCCGUAAGAGAGCAGCUUGCAAUCGCCAAAUCUAAAGGAGAGGAGACAAUCAGACACAAUCUACAGGUGCAGCUGGACUCUCUGUUGGCCAAGCAGGUGGAACUCUUGCGAGAUGCUGCAGUGCAGGAGAGACUGAAGUCCCUGGACUGGCAGAUUCCAUCUGCAGCUCUGAAAUACCUUGCUCCCACUGCUCGGCAUUGCAAUAGCAGCCUUACACAUGUCUCUGGCGAAAGACCCCUAAACUUGCGUCUGACUGAUGUUCCGCUGGGCAGACAGCUGGCCAAUGAGCUGAAACGACAUCACAAACAAACCACAGAGGAACGACAUCAUAAUCAUCAGACUUCAGAGGAGAAAAAGGCAGGGACAACAGAAAAUGGGUCCUCUCACAAGGAGACCUGCCUUUUGAACAAGAAGACGAUCAAAUCAGAGCCAGAGGACUCCAGAUAACAUCUUUAAUCUCUUAAUAAAACCAGUUAAUUAUUCAAAAUAAAAUGUUUGUUUGCUCAGUGGAUAUCUAGUACUGAAACAGUGUGGCCUUAUGAACUGUAAAUGCCUAGAGAUCAAUUUAUUUUGAUUUUAUUUUUAAGAAUUAUUUUUAAUUUUAGAAAAAAAAAAGGAAUAUCUUGCAGUCAGUAUACACGUAGAAAUUGUCUGAGAACAUAAUUGUUACUGUGCAUAAUUUUGUACAUAGUCUGUGUCAUUUUUUGAUUGCAUGUCUUUAUUUUUAUUUAAUAACUAUUUGUUAGUCAACAGAAGCACAACAAAAUUUUUUAUAGAAAACGGUUCUGUAGUCCUUAGAUUUGUUGCAAAUUUAAGGAGGUAUCAUUCCUCGUAAGUAGUCAAAUGAUGACAUUCAUCUGUUCGUAUUAGUUUGUCAAUUACAAUAAACUUUUGUGUACGUCAUAUAGAAUAAUACUGAAAAUGUAGAGUUAGCUUUGCCUUGAAAACACGUUUUUGUGUCAGUUUAGGUGUUUGACAAAAGUGUAUUGUGUAUUUGUACAUUGUGUUACCAGCAACUCUAGCCUUAUUCUCAACAUAAAAAGUGUAGAUUGUAUCUUGCUGUCGUAAAUCGUUAACUGAUUUGUUGUGACGUGAUUUCCCGGACAAAAGUUCGUAAAUGUUUUUUUUACCAGAUAUGUUAGUUAGCUAGUCUCUUGUAUGAUAUUACAACUACUUGUGUCUUUUUUAACUCACAUUUGUCAUGUGACCCAUGUUUUUGUGAAAUCAUCCUACCAAUAAAACCAAACUGGAGAAACGGG